AUGAUCCGCUUGUUCCUGUACACCCACUACUGGCCUCGGGAGCCCAGCGUUGUGAGUCUGUGGAUGUCCUCCGACAGCCCAUACCUGGAUAUACUCACCGACAAAUACUCAAAUUCGGGUGACCGGUUCCUCGCCUUCGAAGCGAUCGACCGCACCCGAGAGUCCAGAGUAGUCGGGAUCAGCGUCGCCUACAAGGUGUUCCCGUGGAUGAUUGACGAGCUCGAAGAGUGGGCGCAGGCCACGUACGCCACGCCGGAUCGCACCAGGAUGUACUUCAUGGCUUACUGCUUGAAGUGCGCUGACCUAUUCAAGAAAUACAACGCCGAAUUCAUUUACGACAUUGAAGUCCUCGGAACUGACGCAGAAUUAGCUGGUCGAGGUAUUGGUAAACUUCUCCUGGAGGCAGCUCUGAAGCAUGGUGAAGAUUUAGGCUAUACUGUGGCACAAGUCAUAGCAGUCAAUCAUUACGCUUCGAAAACUUGCUCGAAAUGCGGCAUGAAGCUGGAGUGGUCGAUGAAGUACGACGAAUACGUCGACAGAACUGGCCACCAGGUGUUCUUCCCGCGUCGACCCCACACUGCAGUCUCCGUCUACUCGAAGUUCUUUGAACCUUCCAAACAGAAGGAGGAGCCAUGUAAACCGCCAGUCUUG